GCCCAUCACAAACCCUCACCAUGUCCAAGAAGAACCUUCUCCUCCUCUUCGACCGUCCCCAAGAGCCCGUCUUCAUCGGCAAAGGCUCGAAAAAGACCGUCUUCGACAUCCCCAACGAGUACCUCAGCGACAAGUACAAACCGUUGGGAAUCUCCCUCAGCAACCGUUUCAAGCAAGACUCCGAAGAAAGCGUCUCGGUGAAGAAAAUCUCAAUUCCACCACUUGGUGAAAUCCUCGAUUUGGCACGUGAUGAGAACUUCUCCCUGUUCAUCCCCAAACACCGGCGAAUUGCCGGCCGCCUCAUCGACAUCUUCCUCGGCAUGCGCAACGUGGACGACCUCCUCUCCGUCGCGGUGUACGCCCGCGACCGCGUCAACCCCUACCUCUUCAACUACGCCCUCUCCGUGGCCAUCCUCCACCGCCAGGACACCCAGGACAUCGACCUCCCCUCGUUCAUCGAGUCCUUCCCCGACAAGUACGUCGACUCCAAGGUGUUUGCGCAAGCGCGCGAGCAAGCCACGGUCGUGCCCGAGGGCUCGCGAACUCCCAUCGAGAUCCCGAGGGAUUACACGGCGUCGGACUUGGAGGAGGAGCACCGAUUGGCCUACUUCCGGGAGGAUUUAGGGAUCAAUCUCCACCAUUGGCACUGGCAUCUGGUGUACCCCUUCGAGGCGGCGAGGGAAGUCGUCGCGAAGAACCGAAGAGGGGAGUUGUUCUACUAUAUGCACCAGCAGGUCAUCGCCAGGUAUAACUUCGAGAGGUUGAGCAACAAGCUGAAGAGGGCGACGAGGUUUAACGAUUUCAAUGAGACCAUCAAAGAGGCCUAUUUUCCCAAAUUGGACAGUUUGGUGUCGAGUCGGGCUUGGCCCUCACGAGUCGCCAAUCAGAAAUUGAGGGAUUUGAACCGGGAAGUCGACCAAAUUAAGCAAGAUGUCGAGGAUUUGAAGCGGUGGAGUGACCGGAUUUAUGCAGCAAUACACCAAGGGAGUGUCACUGAUGAACGUGGCCGCAGCAUCACCCUCACCGAGAACGAGGGCAUCGACAUCCUCGGCAACAUGAUCGAGUCGAGCAUCCUCUCCCCCAACCGCACUUACUACGGCGACCUCCACAACAUGGGUCACGUCUUCAUCUCGUACAUCCACGACCCCGACCACCGCCACUUGGAGUCUUUCGGUGUGAUGGGUGACUCCGCCACGGCCAUGCGAGACCCCUUUUUCUACCGCUGGCACUCGUACAUCGACGACAUCUUCCAGGAAUACAAGGCAACCCUCCCUCGCUACACCGAGAACCAACUCAACUACCCGGGAAUCACCGUCAGUAAUAUCGAAGUCCAGGCGCAGGGGAGUCCCAAAAACACCUUCAACACGUUCUGGCAACAGUCCGACGUUGAUUUAUCCCGCGGGAUGGACUUCCAGCCUCGAGGCUCCGUUUUUGUCCGCUUCACACAUUUGCAACACCAACCUUUCAAUUACAAAAUCACUGUUAAUAAUCAGAGUAAUGGGAAUAGGAAAGGCACCUGUCGGAUCUUCCUCGCGCCAAAAUUCGACGAAAGGGGGAAUCCCUGGCUGUUCCGCGACCAGAAAAUCAUGUUCAUUGAACUGGAUAAAUUUACAGUUAACUUGAAACAGGGGCAAAAUACCAUCACUAGGGCGUCGACCCAGUCCUCGGUGACGAUCCCCUUCGAGCGGACUUUCCGUAACCUGGAUUUGAACCGUCCCCAAGGAGGAGAAGAAUUGGCCCAGUUCAAUUUCUGUGGGUGCGGAUGGCCCCAACACAUGCUCAUCCCCAAGGGAACCCCCGAAGGGAUGAAAUCGCAACUUUUCGUCAUGAUUUCCAACUACGAUGAUGAUAAAAUCGAGCAAAACACGGACGGGAUUUGCAACGAUGCUGGGAGUUAUUGCGGGAUUAAGGAUAAACUGUAUCCCGAUCGAAGGUCAAUGGGGUAUCCGUUUGACCGGAUGCCCAGGAAUGGGGUUGACACUCUCCAACAGUUCCUGACCCCAAAUAUGCGGGUCCAGGAUGUCACCAUCAAGUUUAGUGACAGGACUGUGAGGCCCAAGCAACGAAAUUAACUUUGUAACGGAUUACUGAUUCGAAUAAAUUGAAGCAUUUAA